AUGUCCUCGACAAAAGACAAGUCCAAGGUCCACAAGUUGUCGCUGAAAGGGUCGGCGAAGCUUGUGGCUGAAUUCUUUGAAUACUCCAUCAACUCGAUCCUGUUCCAACGAGGAGUCUACCCCCCGGAAGACUUCACAACGGUCAAGAAAUAUGGCCUCAACAUGCUCGUCACCUCCGAUGACCAGGUCAAAGCCUACAUCAAGAAGAUCAUGUCGCAGUUGAACAAGUGGAUGCUGGGAGGCAAAAUCUCAAAACUCGUCGUGGUAAUCACGGACAAGGAGACUGGUGAACAUGUGGAGAGAUGGCAGUUUGACGUUCAAAUACACACCAAGCACAGCAAGAGCUCCGCAGCCCGAAAAGCUGGUGAUAAGGAAAACUCCGCUGCAGGAGACGCCCCCGCCCCUGCUACCGAAGUUGUUGAAAAAACCGAAAAGGAGAUCCAGGACGAAAUUCAAGCCAUUUUCCGACAGAUUACCGCUUCCGUUACCUUCCUCCCCGUCCUCGAUGGAGAUUGCACCUUCAACGUGCUUGUGUAUGCGGACGCAGACUCGGAAGUGCCGGUCGAAUGGGGCGACAGCGACGCCAAGGAGAUCAAAAACGCCGAAAAGGUGCAGCUCAGAAGUUUCAGUACGAAUAACCACAGGGUGGAGACUCUCGUCAGCUACCGCCUUGCCGAUUGA